AUGGGUAACAACGCGUUGAAAGACAACCCCCCCGGUGCCGACCUUCACAUCUCCACCAAUGCCUCCGACUGGCUGUGGGCAGCGUUCUGCGUCCAAGCGGUGUCCCUUCUUGUCAUGCUCGUCUUUAACUUUGCGCGCCCUCGUGGUACUCGUCUCUUCCACCAGCUGUCCCUCAUCAUUUUGAUAGGGUUCUCGGUCGGAUACUUCUCGAUGGCAUCUAAUCUUGGUUACGCCCCGGCCCCGGUCGAGUUCCGUGGCCACGGCGACAAGCCGACUCGCCAGAUCUGGUAUGUGCGCUACAUCGUGUGGACCGUCACAUUCCCGCUUUCGGUGCUCGAGCUCCUCCUUGCAACGGGCCUGUCGCUGUCGGACAUUGUUACGACCUGUUUCAUGUGCAUCGUUGUGAUCGUUAUGGGCCUCGUCGGCGCAAUCGUUCUCAGCACGUACAAGUGGGGUUAUUUCGUCUUUGGUAUCGCCGGCCUCUUCUACGUGUGGUAUGUGCUGCUCUGGCACGGUGUCCGCACGCAGUUCCCGGGUGACGGUGUCCUGCGCCCCGGCUACAUUCAGGCGGCUGGGUGGUUCGCCUUCAUCCUCAUCACAUAUCCCAUUUGUUGGGCAUGCUCUGAGGGCGGCAACGUCAUCACGCCCUCAGCCGAGAUGAUUUGGUACGGCAUCCUGGACAUCUGCGCAGGCCCGAUCUUCCUGUUCUUCUACCUCUUCCGCCUCCACAACGUCGACUAUGCGACAUUCGGCUUCAGCUCAGGGAAAUACACCGACUCAGGAGCAGUAGUUGUGCCGAGCGAAAAGCCUCCGGUGAGCGCGGCGUAA